GAAAAGGCACCAUGAAGUGGAGGGGACUGGAUGACGUUAAAAAAUUCAGCUGCUUUGCUUUGGGUUGCGUAAUUCGUAAAGACGGAAAUCAAUUUCUCAUCCUCUUUGUGUUCCUUGUACAGAACACACCGGAAGAUACCAGUCAGUUUCCCGCGAACCAAACAGAAAAUUUGGAAUUGGCAUAGCAGAGUAAGGGGAAAAAGCUCAAUAUCACUCGAGGUUUGGUGACCCAACCGCAGCAUAGUCACCAACGAGAAUGAGCAAUCCAGGUAAGCUAAACACGUCGAGCUCUGAAUUGGACUUGGAUCAGCCCAAUAUCGAAGAUUACCUUCCUUCCGGAUCAUCCAUUCAAGAACCUCACGGCAAGCUUCGCCUGCGUGAUUUGCUUGACAUUUCGCCAACCCUAACAGAGGCUGCUGGUGCCGUUGUUGAUGAUUCGUUUACACGAUGUUUCAAGUCGAAUCCUCCAGAACCAUGGAAUUGGAAUAUUUAUCUGUUUCCCCUGUGGUGUUUUGGUGUGGUGAUUCGGUAUGGGGUUUUGUUCCCUAGCAGGGUUAUAGUUUUGACAAUAGGGUGGAUCAUUUUCCUUUCAUCCUAUAUUCCUGUGCAUUUUCUACUGAAAGGAAAUGACAAGUUGAGAAAAAAGAUAGAGAGGUGUUUGGUGGAGUUAAUAUGCAGUUUCUUUGUGGCAUCAUGGACUGGAGUUGUCAAGUAUCAUGGACCACGGCCUAGCAUGCGACCAAAGCAGGUUUUUGUGGCCAAUCAUACCUCCAUGAUUGACUUUAUCAUCUUAGAGCAGAUGACUGCUUUUGCUGUUAUUAUGCAGAAACAUCCUGGUUGGGUUGGACUACUGCAAAGCACUAUAUUAGAAAGUUUAGGAUGUAUCUGGUUCAAUCGUUCAGAGUCAAAGGAUCGGGAAAUUGUAUCGAAAAAGUUAAGGGAACAUGUUCAGGGGGCCGACAAUAAUCCUCUUCUCAUAUUUCCUGAAGGAACUUGUGUCAACAACCAUUACACUGUGAUGUUCAAGAAGGGUGCAUUUGAACUGGGCUGUACUGUUUGCCCAAUUGCAGUCAAAUACAAUAAAAUUUUUGUUGAUGCCUUUUGGAACAGCCGCAAGCAGUCCUUUACAAAGCAUCUGCUGCAACUUAUGACAUCCUGGGCUGUUGUCUGUGAUGUGUGGUACCUGGAGCCCCAAAAUCUGAAACCUGGGGAGACAGCCAUCGAGUUUGCAGAGAGGGUCAGGGACAUAAUAUCUGUACGGGCAGGUCUCAAAAAGGUUCCCUGGGAUGGAUAUUUAAAAUAUUCUCGUCCUAGCCCAAAACAUAGAGAGCAAAAGCAAAAAAGCUUUGCGGAAUCAGUGCUACGUUGUCUGGAGGAGAAGUGACAUGUAUAUUUGUGCUUUUUAAUCGUUCUUGUAUUCGACACAAAGUAGCGUCAUAGUUGUGCACUUGACAUCCUUCUUAUCAGGAACAGUCAAAAUCUUGGGUGGGAAGAACGAAAUUCUGAAGAAUUCGAACUCACGGUUCUCAUGUUACAAAAUUUUUUGUACGAGUAACACUAAGCUUGGUUCAAUUUUGUAAAUGGGUUUUUCAUGUUUGGUUUCUGACUUCUCAAGUCGUCUGACGGUCAGACAAAAAAAAAAUUCUUUCGAAAUUUCAAUGUAUGUGAAGGGUCUGUGCAGUCUUUUAGGUCCUGUCGAUGAUGAUUUUCAAGUAUACUAUUCUGAAGAAUCUACGUAUUGCAUUGAUAGGCUGUGUUUUAAAUUUGUCUGGGGUUUGUUGCACAUAUAGGUUGGAAUAAUUUGUAAAAAAAUUGUCCUUGCUUCAGAGUUGCAUGCCUUGGGGCAUUUUCCCAAGACAUUAUCCUUAUUUCUUUAGGAUAAUAAAUUUUACUUUGAGAAAA